UGGACAGCCAAUAGCUGAUCAAGGACUAUAUAUGUCUUGGCACGUGCUUGAUACUAUCUUUCUGUAYCAAUCAAAGAAGAUGAUCGGUCAAUUUCCAAAUCAAUGAGAGACAAGACAUACCUUCUACUAUAUAAAAGAGUGCUAUUGUUGCUAUGUUACUUUAGAAGUCCGAUGAGACCAUUCGCCACAUCGCAGGACUUCACAUGCACAUUGUACAUAACAACGGAACAUGUAUUUUCCGGAUUCAGUGUGGUCACGUUUUWUGACCCUACAAGACUAGCUUCGUGCUUCCUUUGAAAAAGCGUUUACAGAAUGGGAUUUUUUCAAAGAAGAAGGCAGCGUCUCUUACUGAUAUUCAUUUGUAUUUGCACCUUUGUUAGUGUUAUACUACUUAGCUUUAAAUCGGCGAAAACCGGUGUAUUAGAAUUCCAAAGUUCGCGCGUCAUACUUCGUAAAAGGGUAGAGAACGUCUUACAAACGGGGAAAACAAAAUUGCAAGAAUAUCUUUUAUUYACCGAAGCUCCAACGAUUGACGCAGAAAGAGUUCAGCUAAAGGCGAUAAAUGCUUCAUUCCAGUCCAAUUUUGUGAUUGUUGACUCAGUCAAUCAUGACAUCCCUCCUGACAACCAAGCCUCUUUCGUCGUCGUCAUUCCCCGUCGCAUAAUCAGAGGAACGAAAUUGCACAUUUUCAAUAMAAACGAUGAACAAUCAGCCAUGUUCGCUGGUAGUUUGCUAAGUAGUGUAAACAAAUUUGAUGGGCUGGCUUGCUUACCACGUAGUCUUAGAGAACUUGCUCUAAGCCAACAUUCUGGGUCAAAGGAAGAAUUAAAAGGUUUAUUCAAUAAAACUUGGUGCAAUUUUAAAAAGAGAGAUUGGAGUAUCCAAAUUAGAAAUAAUGGUAAACUGGAAGCAUUUCAAUUCAAAACGCCCGAUGGACCUUCGCAUGAUAGACUACACAACAGACCUCUUAGCUUGAUUCAGAUGUGCAACAUCGUUAAUGAACCAUUCGUCAUGAAGAAAGAAUCGUUUAUAAAAUGGAGAGGCCUACGACACGAUUUUGGAAGACUUUCUCUCUUAGAUUUCUUUGUACGCACAGGUGGACAACUAAAGAUUGGAAAGUCCGCCGAUUGUUUUUAUAGUGACGACCUUUUUGAACUUGACAGAGGUAGGCUGAACGAUGAGGGAGAUUUUCCCGAAUACUCGAAUUUUGGCGUCGCCCAUAAUGUUCUUCGUAUCAUAAUGGAAGACAGAAUUGAAUGGACAAAGUGUGUGGCUACAGAUAAACUCUGUAAAGAAGAACCAUAUCGUGGUCCYCCAACUACACUUCCUGGAAUUGCUCAGCCUAUUUGUUGUAGUGUGAUGUUAGGUCAGAUUUUGAAAGAUGCUGUUGCGGUUUUUAACAAACUUGGGAUUCAGUACCAAGUUGUUUUUGGGACCUUGUUGGGWGGAGAGCGCAGUGGAGCAAUCAUUCCCUACACUCGCGAUAUCGACUUYACUCUCGAACCUAAAUAUGGAGGAAAUCAAGAAAGUUACGCCACUUUGCAGAAACACUUUGGCAACAAAUACUUCAUUUCAGGRCAUUCUUUUAUAGAUUUUCCGCGGUUGGUACCACUUAUGCCAGUCCAUUUGAAUAUCACGACUGCGCCAUUCUUUAAAGACGADUUUGACCUCGAAGGAGAUGCCUUCUUCAGUAGAACAGUAAACGAAACARUGCAGGAAUUUUUACCUUUUAGUGCAACUGUAUGGAAUACGAGGGCUUACGCCGACUUUUAUGGAUCUGCUAGACGGCACUGGAAUGGGUCAUCGACUACAAUUAUAAACGGAGCUAAAUAUACCACAACAAAAGACAAAAAUGCUGACUUAAUAAGAUAUUACGGAAGUGAYUGGAAAAAUCCUGCAGCCAAUUCUUUUUCUGGUCAUUCAGACUCAAAAUCGAAUGGCGCGCUAUAUGUCAGUCGUCGUCGUAAAUAAUAAGCUAGACCUUUACUCUAUGACGUAAAUGCUUACGAUGUAAGCCRGAAGUGAAUGGGCUUCUCCGAAGAUGUUGGUUCUGCAGAACAAAAGCGAGGCUAUGGCUAGGUCUCGUGUUCUCAAUAGAUGUAGAAAAUUGCUCUGCAAUCAAUAACGUUACGCUUUGAUAUCAUAUUUUGGCUGCAAAGUGUUUACUAAGGCCGAUUUAGACGGCACAACUUUUGCCUACAACCAUCGCAUGCAAUCUGCUAAAGUCAUCCUUACAACAUGGCUACAACUGUCGUGGAGCUAUUGAGCAAUUGUUUUAAAUCCCUACGACAGUUGUAUCCAUGUUGUAAGGACGACUUACGUAGGUUGCAUGCAAUGGUUGUAGGCAAAAGUUGUGCCGUCUAAUUCAGUUAAAGUCUAUUUCUGUCGAAUGCUAUUUAGUCACUGCAUCAUCACAGUUUUUCAUAUCGUUUUAUUUUUGGUAUUUUAUGAAAAGUUCUCUUURCUACUUCGACGAUAAUUCCUGAAUAGGCAUGACUAAGUCGAAUGCACUUUUCCCUUUUAUUUUUUUGCUUGCUCAGCAAUUUUCUUCAUCCGCCAAUGUGAAUUCGUGGAAAUAUUACUACGAAGCCAAAGCCUGGCUUUGGUAAAACAUCUUUGGAAAAGGCCAUUGAAAAAAAUAGAAAACAAAGAAAUGAAAGCGAGGACCUUCAGGAAUUAAGAUGGAAAAUAUCUAGGGAUUCCAUUUGUAAGAACAUUAACUUUUCUUGGUGAUGUCCCUCUUGUUAAUAAUUUUAAUGAGAUUUAUAGGUACUACCACUGUAGGCUACUUUGACAUAGCUAAGGUAAGGGUUAGAUCUGUAUGUGGUGUAACUGCUACAACUGUUGAAGCGAUAGUUAGUUCCUUGAUUUACAAAUGGUUCUAGUGUUAGAAUAAGAGAUUUGUUUUCCCAGGUUAGGAUAGUCAAAAUUUCCCCUCAAUACUUUGUACGUUACAUACUCCAGGGUCGUGCGCAGGUUGGUUUUGAGGGGGGAUGGGUGGGAGGGGGGGCUUUUAGCGGUUUCAGGACUAUCAAGAAGGCGAUUGACUUUGGGUCAAGACUUCGGGUGCCAAUGAAGRGKUUUUGUCAGUUGCGGAACCCCUGGAUCUACCCCUUGCGCACGCCYCUGUUUUUUCUUUGUUUGUUUGUUUGUUUUUCGGAUACAACGGAUCAUCGUUAGCGCUAUAGCGCUGACUGUUAUAUCUGGCUUAUAUUUUUAUCUAAAUUUAAAAAUUGUCAUCUUUACCCA